AUGUCUUCGGCCAGUGGUGCUCCUCCUCCACUUCCGCCGCCGCCGCCGCCGCCGCCUCCUGCUAGCAUGCCGCCGCCACCUCGUCCUUCGGCGCCCAAGGCACCGAUAGUGGCCCCAAAGGGUCCUGAAGGGGCUUUCAGGGUGGAAUUGCUGGUUUUCAAUGGCCACCCCUUCAAAGAUCACUGGUCGUACUGGGUGCGAUCGCACCGUGACCACGAUAUCGGCGUUCUGAUACACGCGACGGGCGAUGUACGAAGCGGCUUCCAAUUUGAGAUCAAGCGCAACUAUAAUGUCAAGGAGUCCUCGAGAGCGCCCAUGGAGAGGAUCCCGCUGCAGUGGAUUGAUUCAAAGUACUUUGACGAGAAAGCUACGUUUUCCAACGGAGUCCCUAAGGAGGACUGCGUACCUGUAUGCGCUUUUGAGGUCAGUGUGCAUAGUAUCAAGGUUCCAGGGAAGACCCUAAAUUCGGUUGAUGAUGCGAUUGUCGAGUCCGCCGACCAACUUGUCAAGGAUCGAAUUUUCGACAAGAAAGUUGCCGACUUCCUUCAUGCAAAGGAGCAGUGA